GCCUGCUUACUACCAUUUUCGCCACCAGCACUUUGCACGGAGCCAUAUAUACUCUCGAGUUGUUUUACUGCCGUUCCUAUUUGACGACACAUUCCUACUUAGGUACACAAGCCCAUUCGUUCCUUAGAAACUCCCGCGCUCCCGCGUUUGGCAUCAUACAGCCUUCUGUGGCUCGCAACUAGCGAGCAUCUCAACAUUACCUCCCCCAAACGACACCAUUCCUCCCAUAACGAGAAAACGGAAAGCCGCUGAGGCGACGGUAUCUUCUUCUACCACGCCCGACGCCCUGCCGAAUAAAAGAGUAACCCUCGUAUCGGCAGCCGCAGCUUCAGCGGCCCCUCCCACUCCUGUUACAGGCAUGGAUUCUGACGAGGACUUCGUGUCUAACAUGUCGAGUGAGGAUGACUUGAUGCAAGAUGAUACCGACAAUGAUUUGUCCGAUGGUGACGAAGACUUCGAUGUUUUCGAUGACCAACCUGAUGAUGAUCCUAAUGCUAUAUCGUAUAAAACCGACAAGAAGAAGGGCGUGACCUUUGAUGUCAGCUUUAAAGUUUACGAUCCCGAUGACAUUCGACGCCAACAGGAUGAAAUGAUUGACGAGGUGAACAUGAUUUUAGCAAUGAGCAAAGAAGAUGCUGCUAUCAUUCUUCGCUAUUUUCGUUGGAACAAGGAGCGAUUAAUCGACGACUAUAUGGACAAUUCACCCAAGGUCUUAGAGGCUGCAGGCCUGGGACCCAGUGUUACGGAAUCGCCUAAAUUAGAACCGAUACCUGGAUUCAUGUGCGACAUCUGUUGUGAGGACGAGGACGGUCUUCUCACUUUUGCUAUGAAGUGUGGCCAUCGGUAUUGUGUCGACUGUUAUAGACAAUAUCUGGGUCAAAAGAUUCGUGAAGAAGGAGAAGCGGCCCGAAUUCAAUGCCCCUCAGACGGCUGCCACAGAAUCAUAGACUCGCGCUCGCUAGAUCUUUUGGUUACUGCCGAAUUAAGGAGUCGCUACAGAGAGUUGCUCAACAGAACCUUCGUGGAAGAUAAGGACACCUUGAAAUGGUGCCCGGCUCCUGAUUGCGCCAACGCCGUCGAGUGCGCUAUCAAAAAGAAGGAUUUGGACAAAGUUGUACCAACUGUUGCAUGCAAAUGUGGCUAUCGUUUCUGUUUUGGUUGCAUUCUCAGCGACCACCAGCCAGCCCCGUGCGAACUUGUGAAGAGAUGGUUGAAGAAAUGUGCUGAUGAUAGUGAGACGGCGAACUGGAUAUCAGCCAAUACUAAGGAAUGUCCGAAAUGCAAUUCCACGAUAGAGAAGAAUGGCGGUUGCAAUCACAUGACUUGUAGGAAGUGUAAACAUGAAUUCUGCUGGAUGUGUAUGGGUCUGUGGUCAGAACAUGGUACUAGUUGGUACAAUUGUAACCGCUUUGAGGAGAAGAGCGGGACGGAUGCUAGAGACGCUCAGGCGAAGUCUCGGGUCUCCUUGGAGCGUUAUUUACACUACUACAACAGAUAUGCGAACCAUGAGCAAUCCGCGCGCCUGGAUAAAGAUAUCUAUCAGAAGACAGAAAAGAAGAUGGUGCAAUUACAAACGGCUUCCGGCAUGUCAUGGAUUGAAGUUCAGUAUCUGAACACGGCUUCCCAGGCUCUGCAGACCUGUCGCCAAACUCUCAAGUGGACCUAUGCGUUCGCUUUCUAUCUUGCUCGAAACAAUCUUACAGAAAUAUUCGAAGACAACCAGAAGGAUCUGGAAAUGGCGGUUGAGGCGCUUUCUGAGAUGUUUGAGAAACCCAUAUCUGAGCUUGCUGAUGCCAAACUCAAAGUGGAUAUCAUGGAUAAGACUGCAUACUGCAAUAAACGCCGUGUGAUCUUGCUCGAUGACACAGCCGACAAUCUUGCUAAUGGUCGGUGGUCCUUUAAUGUAGACCUCAAGAGCGUGGGUAACCGGCGUUAAAUACAUAUAAUUGCUUUGUAAUGAAUAUCAAGUAAAUAGACGGAAGACAUCAUGGCCGGAGUAAAGCAUCAGAGUGGAAUAUAAGCAUUCAUUUUUUUUCCCCCGCAUCAUAUGUAUAUGUAUAAAUCUCAUAACGUAGCGCGUUUGUAAUUCUGAUUCUCUAAUGAUUGUCUACUAUACUCCGUGAGGACCGUCGCUUGGUACUAGAAUGGGUAUACUACGGCAUUCUGCGAAGUAUUGUUUCUACUUCGUCGAAGAUUCGUGAUAUGAUUGUGCUAAGCUCGCCGAAGCCGGGGUACGUCAUCAUG